AUGGAAUCAGUAUUGGAAACUAUCAGAAAUCACCAUGAAGAACGAGAACGAUUGUUGGAUUCCAUUGUAAAAGAGCAUCUCGCCGAUAAACCGACACACAAGGCAAAAAUCAACAGUGAAUUGCGGGUGAAGGGAUUUGUUGAUCGUUUCUGUAAUGCGUCACUCGAGCUUGCAAAAUUAUACGAGGACAAAGACGGUGCUAGACAAGUCGAAUUGGACGCCGUGUCGGGACCCAACGAGUUCGCCGAAUUCUAUUCGCGUCUGAAGAAUAUCAAAGACGCACAUCGACGGAAUCCCGAUGAGCUCGCCGAGCCAUUAUCAGUCGAGUUCCAAAAGAUCAAUGAGGAGAUCCAGAAUCCUGAGCGCGCCGAGCCCGAUAUGGUCGAGUUCAGCGAUGAGGAGAGCUAUGGAAGGUUCCUCGAUCUUCACGCGUUAUACGUCAAAUACAUUAAUCUGAAAAAUAUUAAAAGAAUCGAUUAUAUGUCAUACCUUUUGAAUUUUGACAAAUUCAUCGACAUUCCAAGAAACACCACAAAGAAGACUGGAGCUUAUAAGGAGUAUGUGACGGCUCUCCAGGAUUAUUUGGUCUCAUUUUUCCGACGAACUCGUCCAUUGCACGAUUUGGAAGGCGAUUUUGCGGCGAUCGACGCACACGUUUCGCAAAUGUUCAACGCGGGCACUCUUCCAGGCUGGACUAGCGAUAAGGAGAAGGCUGGAACGCAGGCGUCGGCGACUGCCGUCGACUUGUCACCUUAUAACAGCGCUGCUGAAUUGGAAGGACUUGGAUUGGAGAGGCUCAAAGGCGCAUUGAUGGCGUUGGGAUUGAAGUGCGGAGGAACAUUAAAAGAGCGAGCCGAACGCCUCUUUGCCACCAAAGGUCACAAGCUGUCCGAUCUUGAGAAAGCGGCGAUGGCGUCAAACACGGCCGACGCCGAGAAGCAGAAGCUGCGCAAUCUUCAAGUCGCCCAAAUCGAAGCGCACAUUGCGAGUAUGGCCGAGUUGUUGGCCGACGAGCGAGCGGCGACGCGCGAGAACGUCGAAAGGAAGCAAGCGCGAGCCGCCGGCGAGCACGAGGAGGAGGAGGAGGAAGAGGAGCCGGUCAUCGAGGAAGAGGAGGAGGUCGAUGAGAGCGCGCCGUACAAUCCGAAAAAUUUGCCGCUCGGUUGGGAUGGCAAACCGAUUCCGUAUUGGUUGUACAAACUUCACGGAUUGAACAUCUCGUACUCGUGCGAGAUUUGCGGAAAUCAAACGUACAAGGGACCGAAGGCGUUCCAGAAGCAUUUCAACGAAUGGCGUCAUUCGCAUGGAAUGCGAUGUUUGGGAAUUCCCAACACCGCGCAUUUCGCCAACAUCACCAAAAUCAAAGAUGCUCUCGAUUUGUGGACAAAGAUGAAAAUGGAAAAAGAGCGCAGCAAAUGGAAUCCGGAUCUCGAUGAGGAGUUCGAAGAUUCGGCCGGCAACGUCGUCACCCGUAAAAUGUAUGAGGAUCUCAAGCGUCAAGGAUUACUGUAG